AUGGCGGCUUCCAUAACUCUGUUCUUGCUCUUCGCAGUGCUUUCUGCAAACCAAGUUAUAGCUGAAGCCAAUGAUCCCAGCAUCAUUCGUUUGGAUUCUCGGCUCUCCCCAAAAUCAAAUUCCACUUCGUGGGUGUCACCCUCUGGUCAUUUCGCCUUCGGCUUUUACCCACAAGGUAAAGGCUUUGUUGUUGGAAUAUGGCUGAGGCAUGAACAUGAGAAUAUAACUGUAUGGACGGCUUAUCGCAACAGUCCACCAUUAUCAUCUAAUUCUGUGAUCGAGUUAACUACAGACGGCCUGGUUCUGUUUAACGAGACAGGGAUAAGAACAUCCAUUACUAAUGCGUCAUUUGCAGUGCCUGCACAUUCAGCGUCUAUGCUUGAUUCGGGCAAUUUCGUGAUUUAUGAUAAGAAUCAAAGUGUUAUCUGGCAAAGCUUCGAUUUCCCCACCGACACCAUGUUAGGAGGUCAAACUUUAUCUCCUCAAAAAAAUCUGGUCUCUUCUUUGUCCAAAUCCGACCACUCGAGUGGAAACUUCAUUCUCAUCAUGCAGGAUGAUGGGAAUCUUGUGGCCUACCCUGUGAACAAUCGAAGGAGCGAUGAUGCUUACUAUGCCUCCAUGAUUUCUGGGAAUGUCUCGCUUACUCUUAAUCUUACGGGCUUUCUUUGCUUGGUUGAUAGAAGCCAUAAUACUUCACGAGUUCUGGGCCAUAGUAACAUUACUGGGCAUAACGAAAGCUUAGUCUACCGUGCAACACUUGAUGUGGAUGGGAUAUUUAGAUUGUAUGUGCACAGAUUUGAGAGGAAUGCCAAAUCAACUGUCCAUAUUGUGUGGCAUAAUCUUUUUGAUCAAUGUGGUGUCUAUGGUUUUUGUGGCUUCAACAGUUAUUGUUCCUCCACCGCAGGCAAAGGUGUUUGUCAUUGUUAUCCUGGAUUCAUACCCAUAAAUGGGAGUAAGAGCAUGUUCUUGGACUGCGAACAGAGGAGGAGCAAAGAUGACUGUAAAACCAGUGACGAUCCAAAGAUGUUGUACGAAAUUGUUGCCUUAGAAGAUGUGCAAUUGGGCCAUUUUCCUUAUUUGGUCCUACCAUUAUUGGAAAUGAAAGACUGGGAGAAAUCUUGCAGGGAAGACUGUGAUUGUGGGGCUGCGUUAUAUGGUGAUGGCAGUUGCCGCAAGUAUAGGCUUCCCCUUGAAUUUGGCAGACUUGAUCAUAGCUUUUCGACCACAGCCCUGUUCAAGUUGCCUUCAUCAACAAAUAACAUUCCUUCAAAUCCAAAGCCAAAGUUUCAGAAUCUGACUUUUACUCUGGUCAUCACUCUUGGUUCAAUUUCCUUCCUUAGCUUAGCAUUUGCAAUAUCUAUUUUCUUCAUCUACGUUCAUAAAGCCUAUUCAUACACAAAGCUCUCUUCUAGUAGCGAAAAUUUGGGGUUUGCUGAGGAUUGUGGUUUACGAACAUUUGCCUUUGAUGAAUUGGUGAACUCAACAGGAAAUUUCGCAGAAGAGAUUGGCAAAGGAACUUUUGGAGUGGUUUACAAGGGAACAAUUCAAGGAAAUAAUAGAAGGAUUGCUGUGAAGAGACUAAACAAUAUUGACGAAGGAGCAGAAAGAGAAUUUCAAGCUGAAAUCACUGCAAUUGCUCGAACUCACCACAGAAAUCUAGUUCAGCUCAUUGGUUACUGCGUUGAUGGUUCAAGAAAGCUUCUUGUUUAUGAAUAUAUGAGCAAUGGGUCUCUAGCAGAUUUUCUAUUCAAGGCUGAGAUGCAUCUAUCUUGGAAACAAAGAGUCAAAAUUGCAUUGGAUGUAGCAAGGGGGCUCUUGUACCUUCAUGAAGAAUGUGAAGUUUGUAUUGUCCACUGCAAUAUCAAGCUUCGUAACAUUCUCUUGGAUGAAUUGUGGACAGCAAAAAUAUCUGAUUUUGGCCUUGCAAAGCCAUCAAUGCCAGAACAUUCAAGAGCCAGAGAUACCAACGAAUCAACAAGUCACUAUGUGGCACCUGAACAGCAAAAACAUGCAUUGCCAUCUGUUAAAGUUGACAUUUAUAGCUAUGGCGUGGUGCUGCUAGAGAUCAUAUGCUGCAGAAGGAAUAUAGACUUGAAUGCUCCUUUAGAAGAGGAAAUAAUGCUUUCUAGUUGGGUAUAUAAUUGCUUUGUGAGAGGGGAAUGGCAUAAAUUGGUGUUAGAUGAAGAUGUGGAACGGAGGACAUUGGAGAGAAUGGUGAAGGUGGCCUUAUGGUGUGUCCAAGAGGACUUAUUUCUGCAUCCUUCUAUGAAGAAUGUGAUACUGAUGUUGGAGGGGUUAAAAGAUAUCCCAAUCCCUCCAUCUCCAGUCCCACUUACUUGA